GCUUCAGCCGAGAGGGAGGGAAGAAGAAGAAAGGAUAAGACGGGAAUAGAGCUGGCGCCUACGGUGGCCGAAGAGGGACGCGCCGAGCCGGAGGCUGCAGGAUGAUGCGAUUUAUGCUGCUGUUCAGCCGGCAGGGGAAGCUGCGGCUGCAAAAAUGGUACCUGGCCACAUCUGACAAGGAGCGAAAGAAGAUGGUUCGGGAGCUUAUGCAGGUUGUGCUGGCUCGAAAGCCCAAGAUGUGCAGCUUCCUGGAGUGGAGGGACCUCAAAGUCGUCUAUAAGAGAUAUGCCAGCCUCUACUUCUGCUGCGCCAUCGAGGGCCAGGACAACGAGCUCAUCACGCUGGAGCUGAUCCACCGAUACGUGGAACUCCUGGACAAAUACUUUGGCAGCGUGUGCGAGCUGGACAUCAUCUUCAACUUUGAGAAGGCCUACUUUAUCUUGGAUGAGUUUUUGAUGGGAGGAGAUGUCCAAGACACCUCCAAGAAGAGUGUACUGAAGGCUAUCGAGCAGGCAGACCUGCUGCAGGAGGAGGACGAGUCACCGCGCAGUGUGCUAGAGGAGAUGGGUCUGGCGUAGCCCCGGUGUGUGACUCGACGUGGGGCUGGUGGAGAGGCAGGGCGAGAGCGGCUGCUUCUCAUCGUCUCUCCAGGCCCUUUUCUUGGUGGGACCCAGCCGCCCCUCUGCUGCCUCGCCUUCUUCUGGAGUGAGCUGCAGGCUCCGGACCCUCAAACAUUCCCUCCUUCUGCCCCCUACCUCCUGUUUUCCCUUUUCCCACCCAAGGCUGAAGGAGCUAGGAGGUAGGAAAAUGUGAUCGAGAUGGGGGUGCUCUUUGGAUUUUAUUUCCUGCCUUUGAAGAACUUCUCCAGACUUCCUCUCCUCCCUUGUAACUGUAAAUAUAUAAAUACGUCAGGUUAAAGGGAAAUGGUUUUCAGGGUUCUUUUCUUUCCCCUGCCCCCGUACCCUACCUCUACCCUUUUCCCCCAGCCAGCCAGCCAGCAAGCUUCUCUGCCUGGGUCUGAGGCUGCUGAGUAGGGAGAGGGAAGCCCUUGCCCUCAUCUGCCUCAUCUCUGUGUGGCUGUAGUGGGACCGGGUCCAGGGCCAGUGGAGGAACAACAGAGUUAAUUUUUUUCUAACCUUGCCACCUUGAGAGAAGGAAGAGUUGGAGGAAGGGAGAACUUUGUGGGAGACUGGGCCCUGUCCCUCCUCCCACCAUGUUCUGGGUGAGGCAGGAGCUAAGGGGGUAGGCUGGGGGAAGUGUCUGACCUUAUUUCUUCUGAAAUAAAAGGAAAAACAUUUCUGGA